AUGGAAGAACCCAAAGUAAAAGCUCGGUGGGAUCGAGAGGCCACCAGAAUUUUCUGUGAGUGUGCCGCUGCACAAGUACGGCUUGGAAAUAGGCCAACCAAGGCUUUAACUCCUGCUGGAUAUAAGGGUUUAAUUGCAGCCUUCAACGCACAGACCGGAAGAAACUAUGUACAGAAGCAAUUCAAGAAUCGUUGGGAUGAUAUGAAGGCUAUAUACUCUGCAUGGGUAUUUUACAAAAACAAAGCUACUGGGCUUGGAUGGGAUGAUGUGAAGCAAACUAUUACAGCAGACGAUGAUCAGUGGGCUUCAUUGAUUGCGAUUCACAAGCCAAUUAAAGCUUUUCGCCAUGGACCUCCAGAUAGCUUGAAUGAGCUAGCAAUCAUGUUUGAAAAGGCUAACGUUGAUGGAAUCUCAUCUGUCAUGCCUGGAGUGGAUAAUGAAGAGGUGGAAGAAACUGAAACUGAGGAAGAUAUACAUAAGUUGUAUGAAGAAGAGAAUGAGACUCAAGAUCCCAGCCCUGUUCAACCAAGCCCAGCACAACCAAAGCGCAAGCGUCCAAAAAGUGCAAUUCCUUGUAGUCCAUCCAAGUUCAAGAAAAAUAAUGUGCCAAAGGACUUCAAGAGGUUUGUUGAUCAUGUCAUGCAGGAAGAUUGUGCGGGCCAAACUAGUAAGACCGCUGACAAUGAUGAUAUUCUUGCCAUCAUGGAAGAGGUUGCCAAGUGUGGAGCCUCCGAGACUAGUGAUGAGUACUAUAUGGCUACAAAGUUAUUUGCUAAACCAUCAAACCGCAACUUCUUUUAUGCAAUGAAGACAAAUGAAGGGAGACUCAAUUGGCUCAAGAGACAGUUUGAUGAUAGAAAGAAGUAGCUUCUGUCAUGUAUCUUUACUUAUUUUCAUGCUUUUGAACAAUUUGAAACAUGUGUUUGCUU